AUGUCCUCAUCAACCACCACCACCACUCCCCCAUCACCAACCAAAAAAUCACCCCUCUCCCACCACCGCCACCUCUCCCCCACCUCCUCCAUCCGCAUCUCCCCCCUCCAACUCGGCGGCAUGUCCCUGGGCACAACCUGGAGCGACCGUCUCGGCGCAGUCCCCAAAUCCACCGCCUUCACCCUCCUCGACAGAUUCUACGCCCUAGGCGGCAACUUCAUCGACACCGCAAACGCCUACCAAGCAGGGCAAUCGGAGGAAUGGAUCGGCGAAUGGAUGGCGACACGCUCUCCAACCCGUCGCUCGGAAAUGGUCAUCGCAACGAAAUACACCCUCUCCCCUAUUCCCCCCAACCAUACUCCCCAAAUCCAACAAAGCAACUUCGGCGGCAACGGCACCAAAUCCAUGCGCGUCUCAAUCGACGACUCCCUCCGCAGACUUCAAACCACCUACAUCGAUGUGUUCUACGUGCACGCGUGGGAUUACUCCACGAACGUGGAGGAGUUGAUGCAAUCGCUCAACCAUCUCGUCGCGCAGGGGAAGGUACUCUACCUGGGGAUUAGUGAUGCGCCGGCGUGGGUGGUCAGCAAGGCGAAUAUGUAUGCGAGGGUGCAUGGACUCCGCGGGUUCAGUGUUUAUCAGGGAUACAUUCGCCCCCCCAACAACGACUCUGCUCCGAAGAGAGUUCGAAACUUCUCCCACCUACUCACCGGCCACGAAGAACAGGUCUCGUUGGUGUUGGAUACCGUUGCGAAGCGUCAUGGAGAGGGAGUUUCGGUGACUAGCGUGGCUAUUGCCUACGUGUUGCAGAAAACACCCUACCUUUUCCCCAUUAUCGGCGGGCGAACGGUCGAACAGCUCGAGGAGAAUGUGCAGGCGUUGGGUUUGGAACUUACUGCGGAAGACGUCAAGGAUAUUGAUGCUGCGUAUCCAUUUGAUUUGGGGUUCCCGCAUAGUUUUCUCUGUCCUGGGGGGUAUCGUGAUGGUGGGGGGUGUCCGGGACCUCAGGAUGUGGCGUUUUCGAGGACGAUGGGGGAGUUUGAUUAUGUUGAGGGGGGGAGGGCGAUUAGGGCUGUUAAGGGGUGA